AUGGGUUAAAUUUGCAAAUCUGUUUAAUUAGAUCAGCAUCUUAAUGCAAUUGAAACUAUUCAAAGUUCGAUACCAAAUGAUGAAGGGGAGUUUUGUAAACCUGAAAAUUUCUAUAAAUUUAAUAAAUUUAUCGAAGAAAGACAUAGAAAUUCUAAUUCAACAAUUGAUCCUCUAAUCAAUGGAAAUAUUAAUGAUAAUUUGAUUAAUAAAGAGAAUGAAUCAUUUAUAGUUGAAGAGUAAGUUAAAUUAAUAGAAAAAGAAGAGUAUCAAAAUCAAAUUCCUAGAAAUUAGAAGUCUUGUAUUAAGAGUAAAAAUAAAGAUUUGAAAUAAAAUUUAAAAAACAAAAAAAAAGUAUCGUUUAAUGACUUUGAGUUUUUUAAUUUUUCUGUUAAUCCAAAAUUGAGCUCUUCAUCUUUAGAAAUAAUAUGA